UGAGGUACCAUCGUUACGUUAUAGUACCGAGUUAUAUAAUUGUACUGAUAACGAGUAAUACGUACCGUGUAAUACUAGGAAAACGGAAGUGUCCUCAUAUCCGCUGGUAAAACCCGUAAUUCUAGCUCAAUGCCUUGUUGUGAAUUCUAAUAUUUUUUUCCAAUAUAUACUGUCACAUGCCAUGCCAUGAACAAAAUGAGUUAAUAAUAAUAAUAAUAAUAAUAAAUAUGAAGAAACAGAAUAACAAAUGCAACAUCAUUUAAUUACCCAAAUAACUUGGGAAUUUGGAAAUAUGAGUCACACAGCACCUGAUAAAGUGAUAUGCUCAAAACGUUUUGAAAGUUCAAGGAGGCACUGUAAGAGCAGUGGCCUUCACAAGUAAUAUCAGUGUUGACUGCAGUGUGUUAAGUGAGAGAGGCGUCUCCAUCACAGUCAGUAGUCGCCAUGGACCAUCUUCGACACUUUCAUAGGAUAUAGAGGAUCCUGAGAGUCGAGGAUCAUCCUCACCACAGUUUCGUAGGAUUUUGAGGUUCCUGAGUGCCAAGGAUCAUCCUCAUCAGUUUCAUAGGAUAUAGAGGAUCUUGAGAGUCCAGGAUUAUCUUCACCACAGUUUCAUAGGAUUUUGAGGAUCCUGAGUGCCAAGGAUUAUCCUCACCUCAGUGUCAUAGGAUUUUGAGGAUCCUGAGUGCCAAGGAUCUUUCCUUUUGCAACAUUCUUAGAACUAAGGUUUCUGUUUCCACUGAUUGACUGAUCUCUAGAUUUGAUAACACAAGUAAACCUUAUUCUUUUAACUUCUUUUUCGUUUAAGAUAAUUUUUAUUUUCAGCCUCUGAAUUAAAAGUAUAAAAUUUUAUAACAUGGAAUCCCGCAUUACAGACUUAAUCUUGUGUACAGUACCAGAUAAUUUAAAGGAUGAGGGAUCCAAGCUCAUUGAAAGAUCAAAAACAUUGGAAGAAACACGACUGAAAAGUCGUAGCUCUAAAUUUCGAAGACACAGCAGUGGCACAUUUGAUGAGUCAGCACAGAUUGUUGAAAGCCAAGAAGCUAUAACACAGAGAAAGACAAAGGCAGAAGAGGCAGCUCUUCCAAUUGCUUUAGCAAAAUUGAUAAUGGAAUUUUGGUCUCCAAACAUGCGUCGACAUGCUGAAAAAUUGAUCUUGCAGAAGGCAGUUCAAGAACAAUAUCUGAAAGAGGAUCAUUUGAAAUGGGUUCAUGUGCUUGAAAAGCCUGAAAAUGACGAGAGCAGUGAUAGUGGAUGGCUUAUAUCCGAUCAAGAUGAUGCUAUAAUUGAAUUAAUAUGGAACAUAUUCAACAUAGAGGAGCAUUAUAAUCAGGUGAAUAGUCAUCGAAUGUGGAUCCAAAGAAGCUACGAUCGUCUAAAAGAUUUUUUACCAAAUCUCCCAGCUGAAAUUAUUGAACGUCAUGACCUUAGUAAAUUUCCUUUCAGUCAGGCAAUAGGUUACACCUUAAAAUGGGUUCACAACAUAUACCAUGAUAUUUGGAAGACUGCUUGUGACCUACACUUAAACAAUGAGCCACAUCACCCCCAAACAUGGAGUAAAGUGUAUGCACCUGAGGAAAAGAAGAAGAAACUGGAACACUGGCUUGAAGGUGUGUGUGAUUUUCACAGUGGGUGUCCAUAUGGACUUGAUAUAACCAACCUGGAUCUGAAUUCUGUGGACAUGCCAGAACCAUUCUUGCUUGAAAGUUUCAUUGAUAUGAUUGGAGUGGAAUGGGAAAGAAAGAAAGGAAAAGAACUAGAUAUAACUACAAGAGAACUCGUUUAUAUUGAAGACAAAUUCCUUCAGCGAUAUUCCAAGAAACAAGCCCAGAUAAUAAAAGACCUGAUGGAAAAGGUUAUUGCUGCUGAUGAUAGUUGGAAGUCCAUUGUAUUAACAGAGAGAGAGAAAAUGCUCCUUACCACCAUACCUCAACACAAACGUGCAUUCUUUGUGUGCCAGGCAGACUUACAGAAAAAGUCUGAAGAGAAAAGGGUGUUUAAGAAUACCCAGAAAGAAAGGAAAAAUAAAUACGAAGAAACUGUUAAUGUUAUUGAUAUAAUGACUGAGGAAAUUAAAAAUAAAGCGCAUGAUACUGCUUUUUUUAUUAUGAUUAGUAAAGUUGUAACAGAAUAUUGGGAAAGUAAUUUCAGGAAGUAUGCUCAGGAUAUCAUCCUUAAGAAAGCUAUUGAAGAAAAAUUUAUCACUGACAGUCAUUUAAAAUGGAUCUUGAUUUUUGAUAAUAAAGUUGAAGAAAAGGGAAAUGUAACCACACAUGCAUUAUCAGAUAAAGCAAUAAAUGAUAAAGCAUUACUUCAGUUACUCUGGGUAGAUUUCAAAAUACGAGAUCAUUUUUCACAUGUACAGGCUCACCGUCACUGGAUAAAACAGAGUUAUUUGCGACUAGCUCGCUUUAUGCCAGAAUUGUCAGAAGAGGUGAUAGAACGUCAUGACCUUACAAAGUUCAGUUUAUCACAGAGUUUAGGUUAUACCUUGAAAUGGGUUCAUGAUAUAAAUUACUCAGUUUGGCGCAAAUCUUGUGAUCGGCAUCUUAAUUUUGAACCUCACCAUCCUCAGAUGUGGUCAAAGAAGCACUCUGCUGAAACUAAACAAUCAUGCUUGGAAUCUUGGUUGUGUGUUAAGGCAGGUGGCUCAAAAUAUGGAGUAGAAAUUACAUCUCUUGACCUGGUUUCAGAAGAUAUGGCAAAAGUUUUCCUGCUAGAGAGCCUAGUGGACAUGGUUGCAGUUGAAUGGGAGAGGAACAAGGGUAAGAGGCUAGAUUUGACAUACACAGAAUUAAUAUACAUGGAAGACAGAUUUCUUUCUCGAUACUCGGUUAAUAACAAGGCAUUUAUUCUUAAUCUAAUGGAGAGCAUUAGAAAUGCAGACCAUGAAUAAACUCUUUUGAGUGUCUUGCAAAGGCUCAAAAAUAUAAUGAUGACCUUUGUCAGAAGAGCAACAUCAUGCUUGUCCCUCACAUGGCAUCCGGGUUCUGUUCCCACUCGAGUCAGAAGGUUAUGAUAUAUAUCUCUAGGUACUCUGGUUUCCUUCUUUACUGCUACAGGACCCUAGGGAUGACUGUAUCAGAAAAACAUGAAAAUCUGGAUAUAUUGUACAGGUCUACCAAAUUAACUUAAUUAGAAACUGAAAAAAACAUUUUGUGUGUUUGAGUGUCGGGUGUAAAUUGUGGGGAAAUGACAUUCAGGUACUAAGAAAUACAGAAGUAAGUUAUAAAUGCAGCUUUGGGCAGAGAGAGUCAGGGAUUGCUUUGUAUUGAGACAGUUAGAAGUAAGAGAUUAAUAAAAAUUGUGUAUAAAGUUAGGGGGUUGUUGACUCGUGUUGCAAUUUAUUUGAAUAUUGUAUCAUCACCAUCACCACCACCACAGUUUUAUCGCCAUUUUCCACACUUGAUUGGGUUAGGAGCAGUGAAAACACUUAAGGGACCAGAAUGAAUAUCCACAUUGUCAUCCUCAUAAAUUAAGAAGGUUCAGUAGUAGUCAAAUAUGCUAUACUGUAUUGGCAUAUUGCAUUAUAGACUAUUGUUGAGGUAUUGGUAACAAUACAGGUUGAUAACCCUUUAUCCGAAAUUCCAAAAACCAAAAAGCUCUGAAAACCGAAAGUUUUUUUUUUUGUGGAGCAAUUUUUUUUUUUUUUUUUUUU